UUGAUGGGUUACACCGCUGUAGCAUCUGCCAUUUAGCGUCGGACACCGCUCAAAGAAGUAUCGUGCGAGUGCAGCUCCUGUGAUUUUAAUCAAAAACUCUCCCAAAUUCGUGCGUAAAUUGUGAAAAAAAGUUGAUAACUAUGGGCGACGUACCUGUUGCGACCAAUGACGUUCCAGUUGUGGAGAAGGAAGUUGAUGAGGUGGUAGCUCCAAAGGUGACGGAGGAGGAGCCCGAGGAGAAGGUGGCAGCUGCCGUUGAGAAUGGUUCGGAGGAGACAACGGAGAAUGGCUCCGAUGAGAAGGAGGAUGAAGAGAAGGAGACCAAUGGAGACUCAACAGCCCCCGCUGAGGCUUUAAAGAGAAAGCCCGAAGAAACAGAGGAAAAGUCCACCGAGGAGGUUGCAACUCCUGAGAAGAAGGCAAAAUUGGACGAUUCAACAAAAGAUCAGCCCGAAGUUAAGGAUACCGAAGCCGAGGUGACGGCUUAAGUUUCCUUUUUUUUUCAAAUUUAAUUUUUCUUAAUUUAUAAAGAAAAGUGAGACAGAAAAAUUGGGCAGAAGAUAACCACACAAAAAAAAGUAAGAAAAAAUCAUCCCUUUUUAUUAGUAUUACAACAACAACAAAAAAAGUAAAUAAUAUAUUAUUAUUAAAUGGAGAUGAAGUAAUAAAAAAAAAUAAUGAGAAAUACAUGAGCCAAUAAAAUAUAAGAUAGAAAAUAGUAAAAAAAAAAAGAAAAAAUAAAUCACAAAAAGGUGAGACCAGUAAAUAAUUAAAUAAAAAAACAAUCUUUUGUGAAAAAAAAAUUGCAAAUAAUGGCAGAAUUAUUUGAAUGUUGGUGGGACUUCCUUACAAACAAAAAAAAAAUCAUUAAGAGAAUUAGAAAAAGAAAUAGUUAAAAAUGUUUAGAAUUUAAACAUCAUAAUGAUAGUUCUGUGUGCCCAAAAUAAUAAAAAAAAAGUGGAUAGAAGAAUUAUCCAUAAUUUUGAUGAUUUACUAUUCAAAAAAAAAACUUUAAUGAAAAAAUAAUUCCCGAAUUUGCCAAAAUGAUCUUUAUUAUUAAUUAAAAUAGAAAAAUUAAGAAACUUGAAUUGAAAAAACAAAAAUCUCAGCCCCCACUGACAUCACAAAUAUCUUUUGCGUCCCCUUCAAUAGACUUUUGUAAUUAACAAUCCAGAAUUUUAUUUGAUAACUUCUUUAUUUUUUUGUGGGAAAUAAACGAAUUUGAUUCUCUCUAAUUUUAGAACUUUUUUUUUUUGACUUGUCUCUCGUGGAAAGAUACUUAAUGAAUAAAAGAAAAUCACACAACUUCGAUGAUCUUAAUUUAUGUGAAUAUAUUUUUUUUUAAUUUGGAUUUUUUUUACACUAAAAUUGAGAUUUCAUUUUGAGACACAAUGAAACAAAUAAUAAAAAAAUAAAUAAUAGAAUUUAGAAAAAAAACAAGUCCAGCAGCAAAAAAUAAGAAGAAAAAAAGAGAAACAUUCCCCAGGAUUAAAGAAAACACGAUUGGAAUUAAAUUUUUCUUUUUUUUUAAUAUCCUGUAAUUUUUCUUUCUUAAAAAUAAAUAAAUAAAUAAAAAAUAAACGAAUUUGGACUUUUAUGGAUGUGAAACUCACUGCGUGGCUUUAAUGCCGAAUGGAAAUAUGGUGCAGUUUUUUUUUUUAAUUUGUAUCUUAAUUUAAAAGAGAGAAAAAUAAUAAAAAUUUCAUUUCUAAGUGGAGGCAUUAUGAGGGAAAAAAAUGAUAAUGUAAUUUUUAAGUUCUUCCUACUUUAUUAUUUUUCUCUUUUAAUUAAUUUAAUUAAUGAUGGAAUUUGUAUAAUAGUUUCUUAAUUAAAGGAAAGAAAAUGAAAUUCGAAUUGCACACUUUUUUUUUUCUUUUAAAGCUACAAAAUAGUGUAGCUUUUAAUUUAGAAAUAAAUGAAUGGAGAAAUCAAUAAUAAUGCAAAACUUUUUAAUUUCUUUUUAAUAAAUCACAUUUUAUCACAAAUUUCUCUCUUAAAAAAUAUUGAAAUUAGAAUGAAAACUGAAAUCUCUUUAGUGUUUUUAACUUGGAAUUCUUUUGAAAAAAUAAAAUAAUAAAAAAAAUGCAUAAUAAAACAUUUUAAUUCAUUUUCAAAUUGAUACAGAAUGAGAAAUAAAAAAAAAAUGUGACACACUGCCAUUCAUAUCAAAGAUUGCAGAUUUUGAACGCAACAGAAAAAUUCCUGGGAUUGAAAAAAUGCAUUUUUUUGUCAAACUGAUGAAAAUAAUAAUAAAAAAAAUAUCGUCAACCCACCAAAAGUAUAAAUGUUUUAUUAACUCUUUAAUGAUGAAAAAAAAUGGAUGAUUGUUGAGACAAGAAAACGUACAAAAUAGAAGAAAACAAACCAAUUUGUAAAUUUUUAUUUGAUAUGGCAUGACACAUGUUUUAACACAAAUUGUAUACAUAAUUAUGUUUCUGUAAUUUCAGUUCAAAGAUGGAUUAAUUAUGCAAUAAAAUAUGAAAUUCAGUUUCCGAAACACA